AGCGCGGAACCGUAGCUCGGAACCGGGGACGCUAACAUCGCAAAGAUGUUGUCCGUCACGACGCUGAAAAACUCGGCGAUGAAAGUUCGGGCAGUGUGGCACACGCCAUGGUUCCUGGGCGUGGUGCUGCUUGUGGUGGGUUCCCUUGGACUACUCAGACAGUUGAUUCGGCUUCUGAUGAUCAUUCCCGUGGAGGUGUGGAUCAGUCUGAUGAUGAUCUUUGGAGGCGUCAUGUUGGUGGGUGUGGAGGCUGCGAAAGAACUCUAUGCCAACCAGCGAUUUCACACCCUACCGCGGGAGAUGAUGCGACGCUCCAUGCAGAUGGGCCAACGGCUGAGCAUCUUGGCCUACGACGUGGUGGACUCGCGCGAGGAGGUGAAGAUCGUGCUGAGCGGCGUCUCGCCGUUGUUGGCCGAGGUCUUGUGCUCCUCCUCGGCCUUGGAGGCCUUUUGCGUAGUGGCCAACGAAGUUCGACGAUUACUCGGCUACAAGGAUGACGAUGAGGAAACAGACGACAGGUUGGCCACGGCUGUGGGAUGGCUUCAACGACCGCAGCUGAUGUUGGGCUUUGAGGACCAGCUGCGCUGCUGCGCCCUGGCACGCCAAGCCACCAAGGGCGACGCGCCCAAGGCCACGGUCCCUGAGUCCGAGCAGAGCUUCAGCGCGGCGCAGCAACGGAGCUGGGAGAUGUGCCGCGGCAUGGCCAAGGCUGAAGCCUCUGAGGCAUUGCUGCAGGAACUUGCGGAUAAAGAUCCCACCUUUCGCAAGGUGGUUCCACCUGCAGCUCCGGAAGCCGUACCAGAGAAGCCAUUGAACGAUUUUGUUCAGGUCUUCUGUGAACUCUUCGAAUUCCGCCUUCCCUCGGACCUGGAUGCGCGCGCUCUGAAGCUGCGCAAGCGCGCCUUCUGGGCCUCGCUGGCCGUGGUCUUCUACGCCGUGGUCUGGCGCCACUGGGUGCGCCGGAAGCCGCUGACCAUUGUCCGAGCGGUCACCAAUGCGGGCGUGUCCACCCUGUCCACCUAUUUGGCCAUCCUGAAUCUGGGUCUUCCCGCGCCCAUCUACGCCCGUCUGCACGCGCGCCUCCCUGCCUGGCUCCGCAGCGCUGCCGGAAGCAACGAGUUGCCGGGCGCCGCCGGGCGCUUGCUGCGCUGGCUGCUGCAGCUGCUACUCCCGCCCUUACGCCGUCCACUGAUGAUCACUGCUGGUGCCCCAUGAUGGGAAGGCACCUUUUCGUAGACAGUAUGUUCUUCAUGGAAUUGGGUUAUUGUUGUACCAAACCUCG